GCCAGCGUUUGCCUAGGGCCCCCUGGCACUGGCAAGACCACCGUGAUCUUCUCUUGCAUCGAUCGUGCUCUGGCCAAGGGUGGCAAAGUUUUGAUGGCUCUGCCGACGGCCCAGCUGUCCAGUCGCAUGAAGGCGCGCUACGGUCACAAGGUCGACAUCGACACCUGCCACGCCGCUUUCGGCCUACAUGAGUCUGCUGAGCACGGGGAGGCCUCCUUGCUAAGCAUGUACUCCCUCAUCGUCGUAGACGAGCUCUCGCAGCUGGAUAUGGUCAACUUCGAGAAGAUCCUGAAGCUCUGGGCAGCUGCAGAUCGCGCGCCGGCACUAGCGCUGCUGGGCGACCGGUACCAGAUGGCCGGCAUGGGAGAACAGCGGCCCUGGCAUGGGCGCCUCUGGAACACAUUGUGCUAUCGGGUGGCUUUGCACAAGAUGUACAGGUGCAAGGACAAGGUGCACGCCAAGCUCCUGGCAGUACUCAGGACUGGCAAGCCGAGCGCGAAGCUCCUCCGACAGCUCCGUAGGAAGAUGGCCCUCUUCCCUCACUAUCCUCCGCUGGCAACAUUGCCGGCUGACGUGGACUCCAACCCCGAGAACUGCGUGCGGGGCAAGCUGAAGCCGGCCGGCGAGCUGCAGCCCUCCGCCAUGCCUGUCUACAAGGGCAUGAAGGUGUACUUGACGCGCAACGCGCGGAAAGACGUCGACUUCGUCCACGGCAUGGAGGCGACGGUCCUGAAGUAUGACGACGGCACGGGCGGCCUCCUGGUGCGCACCACCACCGGCUUCGUGGUCAGCAUUUGGCCUUGGACCGACCCGGACAGAGGUGGCUUGGUCUACUACCCCGUCCGGCCUGGCUACGCGUCCACCAUCCUGAAGUUUCAAGGCGCAGAGCUGCCUCAUGUCGUCGUCUACUUGGAUGCCCCGAAGGUUCCCGCCGCAGCCUACACGGCCAUCAGCAGGGUCGGCUACUACAAUGACUUCCUGCUGGCGGGCAUCUUCACGGAGCGUGACGUGAUUAGCAACAGUCGUUUCACCUCCCAGGCGCUACGUGCACAGGGUUUCCAUUCGGAGCCACUGGUGCGGCGCGAGCAGUACACUGUGCUGGCAGCGCAGAGCACG